GCCGCUCAGGCGCUCCUUCCUCUGACGCCAUAGGCAACCUCUCAGAAUAGAGCGGGCACCAACGCGCUCAGCCGAUGGCACAGGACACGCGUCCUGCCAACCGGAUUGGACGCCGCCGCGGCAGGGCUCAGUGGGCAGUACCCGAGUUCUGUUAGUCACUCGUCCUCCGCAAUGUCACCGUCUCCCUCUUCCAGACGCACCCUUACGCCUCCCUUCCCCCUUACCCGGGUGGGGUUACCAGGCUCCUCCCCCUAGUGACUUAGCGCCUCCGCGCUCCCCCCCACCUCUCGCUCGGCCUGCGGCUGCCAUGGCAACCGUACGCCGCCGCCGCCGCCUCUACACGCACGUCAGGAACUAACGGACUCAGUGGCGGCGGCGGCGGCGGCCGGUGCCCCACCCCCACCCGGACCGCCUCACCAACGGCGGGCCGACCUGCGGCACGUCUCUGGAGGAAGAUGAAUUUGGCUGAGAUUUGUGACAAUGCAAAGAAAGGAAGAGAAUAUGCACUUCUUGGAAACUAUGACUCAUCAAUGGUGUAUUACCAGGGGGUGAUACAGCAGAUUCAGAGACAUUGCCUGUCAGUCAGAGACCCGGCUGUCAAAGGCAAAUGGCAACAGGUUCGGCAGGAAUUAUUGGAAGAAUAUGAACAAGUUAAAAGUAUUGUCAGCACUUUGGAAAGUUUUAAAAUUGACAAGCCCCCAGAUUUCCCUGUGUCUUGUCAAGAUGAACCAUUUAGAGAUCCUGCUGUUUGGCCGCCACCUGUACCUGCAGAACACAGAGCUCCACCUCAGAUAAGGCGUCCCAAUCGAGAAGUAAGACCUCUGAGGAAAGAAAUGCCGGGAGUAGGAGCCCGGGGACCUGUAGGCCGAGCACAUCCUAUAUCCAAGGGUGAAAAACCCUCUACAAGUAGAGACAAAGAUUGUAGAGCAAGAGGAAGAGAUGAUAAGGGAAGGAAGAAUAUGCAAGAUGGUGCAAGUGAUGGUGAAAUUCCUAAAUUUGAUGGUGCUGGGUAUGAUAAGGAUCUGGUGGAAGCUCUUGAGAGAGACAUUGUAUCCAGGAAUCCUAGCAUUCAUUGGGAUGACAUAGCAGAUCUGGAAGAAGCUAAGAAGUUGCUGAGGGAAGCUGUUGUUCUCCCUAUGUGGAUGCCUGACUUUUUCAAAGGGAUUAGACGGCCAUGGAAGGGUGUACUGAUGGUUGGACCCCCAGGCACCGGUAAGACUAUGCUAGCUAAAGCUGUUGCCACUGAAUGUGGCACAACAUUCUUCAAUGUUUCCUCUUCUACACUGACAUCUAAAUAUAGAGGUGAAUCUGAGAAGUUAGUCCGUCUGUUGUUUGAAAUGGCUAGAUUUUAUGCGCCGACCACGAUCUUCAUCGAUGAGAUAGAUUCUAUCUGUAGUCGAAGAGGAACCUCUGAUGAACAUGAGGCAAGUCGCAGAGUCAAGUCUGAACUACUCAUUCAGAUGGAUGGAGUUGGAGGAGCUUUAGAGAAUGAUGAUCCUUCCAAAAUGGUUAUGGUAUUGGCUGCUACUAAUUUCCCAUGGGACAUUGAUGAAGCUCUGAGAAGGAGACUAGAAAAAAGGAUAUAUAUACCUCUCCCAACAGCAAAAGGAAGAACCGAGCUGCUGAAGAUCAAUCUUCGUGAGGUUGAACUGGAUCCUGACAUUGAAUUGGAAGAUAUAGCAGAGAAGAUUGAGGGCUAUUCUGGUGCUGAUAUAACUAAUGUUUGCAGGGAUGCCUCUUUAAUGGCAAUGAGACGGCGAAUCAAUGGCUUAGGUCCAGAAGAGAUCCGUGCACUUUCUAAAGAGGAGCUUCAGAUGCCUGUUACCAAAGGAGACUUUGAAUUGGCUCUUAAGAAAAUUGCCAAGUCUGUCUCUGCUGCAGACUUGGAGAAGUAUGAAAAAUGGAUGGUUGAAUUUGGAUCUGCUUGAAUUUCUGUCAGUUCUUUCAUUUCUGGUAUUUUUAUUUAUAAAAUGUGAAGAAAUUCCCUGUAGUUUUUUUUAAAAAACAGGUUUAGAACUUUUCAUUGGAGAGGUGCUUCCCUUAAAGGCAAAAAACUUAAAACCACAAAGAAUAUAUAUAUAGUUGGGAAAGAAGAAAAGCUUGCACAGGGAGCCUGAUAGUCUCCCUCACCUGGCUUUGUGCUGGUAAUGCCACGUUUUCACGCAUUGAUAUUGCACGUGCAAAAAAAAAAAAAAAAAAGGCAGCAUGUCAGGAGGCCAAAGAGCGAUCAGUGUGCUCAUGUAGAAGCUUGUUUACAAAAGGGUUAGAAGACCUCUCUUUUUCAGUUGCAUUUGUUGGUUUGAUUUUUUUUUUUUUUUUUCUAUUCUUCACUCUGAGCGUGAGGGACCCAUGUAUGUUGACUUUUAACAUUAGAACUGGGUUUGUGUCAAAUUAAUUAUUGUUAAAAAUGAUGGUUUUGAAUUAAAUAAUUUGUUAAACCUUUAGAAUUCAACUCUUCCUGUCACAGUCUAUCAUAUAGUUGAAUUUUUACCUUCUGUUCUCCCACCAUUUCUUCUAUUAACUAUCUAAUCCUUUACUCAGCUUCAUGAUGUCCUCAUGGCAUGUGGUCUUAGAAGUGUUUUGUCAGGUUGUUUCUCUGGUCUUUAGUAUUUUUUGCUGGCACUUAUGUUGGAAGGGUGGGGAGAAUAUUAUGAUUGCACAAGAAGCACUUCUUCAUUCUUGAAUUCUAGAUUUGUUUUCACUUUCCGUUCAGUAUGUUCAAAUAGAUAAGCCUUUUAUUUUCCUCAGCUCUAACAAUGUUUGAUUUUUGCUGAACUUGACUUUCAUAUUCUAAAUAAAUACUUUGGUAUUCUAAGGAAGUCCACUCUCUUGUGGCUAAUGCAAAACAAACAAUAUCUUUAUAGUUUUCUGGACAGCUGAUUUAACAAAAUAGCCUUAUGCAUAAUGAGUGUUCAUUUUAAAAUUUUUAAAUUAUUCCUUGUCUAGGUUGAGAACUUGUACAUAGAAGUCUGAUUGCACAUUGAGUUCAACAGGAAUUAGACAGUAAAAAGAGGCCAGGAAAAGUAGAUGGCUUCUAUCUAAUCACAAGUAGAGCAUCCUCAUACUUGUUUUUUUAAAUUACAUUUAUCCCAUUUGGAUUGGGCAACCUUUGCUUUAAUGGUGAUGCUUUUUAAAAUUUGCAUUUGAUGCUAUCUUGAAUUCUCAGUUUUGGAGAGCACCCCCUGGUUUAAAACUAAAAAUAAUAGAACUUUUUAGACACUUAACAAAAAAACUCUUAGUAUCUUGCUUUAAGACAUUUGUUUCCCCUGUUAGGAGUUGUAUAAUUUUCAGAUAACUGAAGUCUGACUCUAAACUCCAGGAUUUUAUAUAAUGCAAUAAAUCACCCCUCCUUCCUUCUGGGGCAUAGUUUAUGAGAGUUAAAAUCAUAGGACAUCAUGAUUUUAUUUUAAUUGAAUGAAUUCAUUUUAAAAAUUGAAGUAAGUUUUCUUUCAUUCAUUAACUUUUUAAAUAAAGAAAUAAAUGAUCACACUAAGAUAAUCUUGCAGACUGUUACCAUCCAGUAACAUUUUUUUUUCCCUGAAGUCCUAAGGGCAGCUAUUAAAACAUGUGUUUUGAUCGCUAAAACUUGUUAGACUCUUUUUCUAGGUUUUGUGUUAUUUGUGUUGGCAUGUAUUUCUUCUUCUAAAAUUCUUCAUGGCUAAUAUGGUAAUUGUGAUUUUAAAAAAAUUAUCAGUUAAGUAGUAUUUGGACACUCAAGCUUCCUAGAAGCUUAUCUUUGGUAUGUUGGUGAACCAGGUGCACUUUUAAAAUUUUUGAUUUCCGUUGUUUCUCAUUUUGCUCUGUCAGUGGGUGGCGAAUGCUUUGUGUUUCUUAACCCCUUAAAGGAUCCUGAGGAGAUUGCUCGGGUGUUCUGUCCAACCUUUACUGCCGUACGCUGUCUUUAUUGCAAGACAGUGUGUUGCCUUACCCAGAAUGAGAAAAUUAUUGUCUUCUUUGUUUUUUUUUUUUUUUUUUUUUUCUAUGUUGCAUUAUCAGAUUAGAAAGAUUCAGUUCCUUCAUCUGAAACCAUGAGUGUUUUGGGCUCUGCAGCACAGUGAGGUUAGGACCGAGUUUUGUACAAUUCUGUCUUACAAAUAUGUGAUCAGAUAGUUCCUUCGUUUAGCAGGCUUGCAUUGGUUGCUUACAGUGUACGAGACCCUCGGGUGGGAGUUCUGUGGCUUGCAGAGUUGGACUGGCUGGGCAAUUCUGACUGGGCACUUUCUAUAAUUACACUGUGUGGCUUCUGGCUCCAACUAAUAAAAUGAGUUCACAUUUUAAAAGGAGAGGCACGGUAAUCUGUGUGUGCUUUGAAAGAUAAUAUAUAUAGGUUUUUCUCUCUUUCUCCUUUAAAUCUGUUUUAAAAUAAGUUUGUUUGAACAAUGGAAUUAUUAUUGAUCUGGCGAUUUUCACAAACCAUUUCCCAAACUUCAUGUUUAUUGUAAACGUGUGCACGUGUAAUUAUGGGAGACAUUUUGCUCUUAUCACUCUAUUUUUUUAAAUGUACUUAGUGUUGAUGAAAUGUACUAGACAAAUGGCUUUUAAAUGUAGGCUGAAACCUUCUAGAAAUCCAAGCAGCAAACUAGAUGAUGGCAUCACAGACUUUCUUCUUCCAGUUAGUAGCGCUGUAGCCAUUCUAGCAUGAUCAAAACACACUUUGGGCUUAGACCUCUGUCUCCAGAAAAAGCAAGAGAGCUUGGAAGAGGAAAUGUGUUGAGGUUUAGCUGCAUAAUUAGGGGCUUCAGCUGAGCUCCUGAGAUUGCAGUUUUUCUGAUGUGCUAUUUGACUGUCAGAGUAUAGGGUGAAACCACUAAUUACUCAAAAAGUGAGCGUACAUAUAUCUGGUGAAUCUACUAUCAACAAACAUACAGGUUCUUCAAGUAAGGAUGUGUGUGUGCAGCACCAAUGUGCAACAUAAAUGUCACUCUUGCACUUGGCUGUAUGUAGCCUGACUCUGUUGAACACAAAAUUACUGAUAAUCCUGAGGUUUUGUACAGCUUGAGUUCAUGUGAACUCCUGCAUUGGAAGUUCUUUAUACUUUAUACUGUUGAAUCUCUGAUGAGAAUUGUAAAAUGGUAGCCAGUUGGCAUGGUUAGGUUUCUCUCUCCUCCAGCUAGGGUGGAGGAUAUAUAUAGACUUAGGCAGGUAUUUAAUAUUGUGUGGGCUUCGGCUCCUUCAGUAUUAUCUUGAUUAUUGAAUCCUUUUGGUGUAAUAGUAGAUCCCCUCUCUUUCUUUUAUCUUAGUGAUAAAUCAUCUUAAUCCUGUGUGAUAGGCCUAAAAAGUUGAGGAUAUUUGCUGGCCUUUUCCAAGAAAUGGCCACAUUAACUUGAAUGAAACAUUUUUUUGAAACAUUUUUUUGUGUCUUUUGUUUCUUAACUAUUUUGAUUGUAUUAUUUUUUUAACAUAUCACUUAAUCUGUGAUGCACAUAAUAUUUAUGUGAAUCUAAAAAUCUGUCACAAUAGAGAAGAAUAGGAAUUACAGUUGGAGGACUUAUUAGGGAAUAAAAAUAUUUGAACCCCGAAUGUUAUAUUCUCAUCUCCACUAAUUAUUUUUUCAGAAAAAGCUAAAAACUCUAUUAUAAUUAUUAUAUUUACUUAUUUAUACUUUCAAAUUGGGCUUUAUUUAUUUAAUUCUUAAAGGAUGUUUGCUUUUUAAUAUUGUUUCUUAAUGCAGGAAUGGUAUGAGUACUUUAAAAAUAAAAUUCCUAAGAUAAUAGGUACAUUUUUAAGCAAAUGCAAAUUAACAGUAAUUCUUGAAAUGUUUACUAGGUGUUUUGGCUCUAGACAGCUCUUUAAGUCAGUGAUAUUUCUGAAUUUCCAAGUGACUUGUUAAUUUAAAAAAAAAAGGAAAACUAAUAAGGUAAUGUCAUUUAUUUUUUUUUACCGUUCUCACUUCUUGAUCAGCCUUAUUUCAUGUAUGUCUAUAAAUAACCUGGAUACUGCUUUGUCACCGGCAGUGUGGUUUUAUACAUUCGGAAAUUCAGCACAACAAAUAGGGAAUUAGUAUAGAGGUAUUUUUCCUGUAAAAAGCUUCCCACUUGAUUUUGUGCUCAUAAAAUGCACUUUCAUUUUACAACCUCUGAAAUGACUAAAUAUUGCCCUUUGGGCAACUUGAAUCUUUGCACUUGUUUUUUCCAGAGUCUACCUCAGUUAACCAGGCAUAGUUUUAGGAGGAAGUGAACUGAAACCAUAUUUAAACUCCGUUCAGCAUCUAUGCAGAUUUGUUCAAGCACUUCCUUCUCUCUCCUCUUGCCCUCCCUCCACUACCUUUUUUUUUUUUUUUUUUUUAAAUCUUGAGAUUUAAAAUAUUUGCCUUUGCAAAGCUAUAUAUUCCAAAUUAAGCCUCUGUGAAAUCUCUGGAUAAUUCUUUCUCUUUUUGGUGUGGCUUCAUUAUUCGGAUGUGUUUAGUUUCAAGGAGCAGUUUCAGACAUGACACAUGUCCCCUUCUUUCCCAUAGCUUCAUAAAUGCAGACUAUUUUAAUAACAGUAAAAACCUUGGAAUCUAACUGUUCCAGUGUCCAUUCUCUAAGAACCCACGUGUUUUAUGAAAACACACAGAAAUGGACGCAGGUCUAUUCAUGUGUUGGUACGGCAGCAGGGAGUCGCCUUGAGUUACCAUUUUGUGCAUGGUUUCCAGCAGAUCAUUACGUGUUAGGAUGGUUUGUAUAUGGCUACGAGUUUUGUUUCAGUGUUUGUCUCUCAGUAUUUUGAACCUAAUUCAAAGAAAAAGACGUUUCUAAAUUGUAUUUCUUCAACGUGCUUUUCCUUACAUUUUGCGCUGUUACUUUGCUAGUCUCCUGAGCUUAGUUGUCUUUGUGCAUAGGUUUUGAUUUGAUAAUAAAUUUCUAGAGUGUUGCUUGUUGCUGUUCUCUUUGUGGUUCCUAUUUGAUCUAUAGUCACUGGUCCACUUAUUGCCACCAGUGAGAGUAACAAACUCCUCACUGGUAAGGAAUGACGUUUCCCAGAGUUUCCGUUCUUAAAAAAAUCACAUUGUAAACUUGACCUUUUGUGUUUGCCAUGAUAAUUUCAAGUUUGAUGGAGGUAAUCUAAGAGUGGCUUUUUAAUUAAUUCUAAUGGGUUUAGUAAAUACACUUGCCUUAUUUGUAUAACACCAUUGUAAAAUGGAUGUUCCAUAUGGUGAAUUUUCCAGAUGACUGUAUCUUAUUUUAUAAAUCACCCAGAACUUUUCUUUUUUAAUUCAUAGACUUUAUUUUUUGAGCAGUUUAUAUUUACAGAAAAAUUCAACAGCGAGGAGAGUUCUUCCUCCCUCCUCUGCUCCCCUCCACAGCGCUUCAAGUCCCUUUUAUUAACAUCUUGCUUUAGUGUAGUAUACUUGUUAUACUUGAAACAAUAUUGGUACAUUAUUAUUACAUUAUUACAAAGUACAUAGUUUACAUUAAGGUUCACUCUGUGUUGUACAGUUCAGAGGGUUUUGAUAAAAGGACUGUGUCGUAUAUCUACCAUUACUGGAUCAUACAGAAUAGUUUCAGUGCCCCCAACAUCCUCCUGUCUCUGACUCUUCAUCUUUCCCCCUCCCACAAACCCUCAACGAGCAGUGAAGACUCUCUGUAGUUGCCAUUUAAAAAAUGUUAUAUAGUUGGAAUCCUACUGUUACUUAACAGUUUGCACUUAAGUUUCCUCCAUGUCUUUUUGAGGCUUAAUAGUUCAUUUCUUUUUGUCUGUUACGUGAUAUUCAAGUCUGUUUGAAGGACAUUUUGGUUGCUUACAAGUUUUAGAAAUUGCUAUGAAGUGCUGUAAACGUUCAUGUGCAGUUUUUUGUGUGGUCGUAAGUUUGCAGCUCAUUUGAGUAAAUAUCUAGGAAUGUGAUUGCUAAAAUAUAUUGGAAGAGUGUGUUUAAUUUUGUAAGAAACUGUGAACCAUAUUCCACAGUAGUUGUAACAUUUUGCAUUCCCACCAGCAAUGAACGAGUGUUCCUGUUGCCCCACAUCCUCUCCAGCAUUUGGUGUUGUCAGGGUUUUGAUUUUGCCACUCUAAUAAGUGUGUACUGGCAUAACAUUGCUUUUUAAAUUUCCAGUUCUGUAAUGACAUGUUGAGCAUCUUUUCAUAUGCUCAUCUAUUUUUAGUUGGCUUUUAUUGAAACCUUGCUAGAAUGUGUCAUACUCCUUCUCUGACUUGGUAAAAUAGAGAAUUUGAGUUUAAACUUUUCUUCAUGAUUCAGGGUUAUCCUUAAAAUAUGCUACCCUCUGCAGCUAGUGGAGUUAGGGGAUGGGAAGGUGGGGAACAGGGCUUUCCUGCCUGUCACUACAUGGUCUUUGAGUUUUGGUGUUUGCUCUUAUAGCAUCUUUACCAUUCUGUUAUCAGACUGACCACCUUUAUUCCUCUUCCAGUUCCUACCUCCAGUCUGUUGUGAACCCAGUGAAGCAGUCAUUAAAUGGCUUGUUAGAAUAUAGGUAAAUUAGGAGUACAGUCCUAUGGGGAUAAAGAGUAGUAGGGAGCUGUACAGUCUUUAAGCUUUAGUGCUUUGUGUCCUUUCUCUAGGCUGUGGCCUUCUUAGCUUUAUCUUUGGUUCCCAGACCUGUUCCUGGUAGACUCAAGUGUGAAGUCGAUGUUUGUACUUGAUUAUAUUGUCGUGUUGUCAUAUAAUAUUUAUAGCCGCAAAGCACCUAGCAUCAAUUUAAUUCCAUGCGCCAGCCCCUGCCUUGCAAAUGGAUAGCCAGAAAGGGCAAGCGUGAGCUACCAGGCUCAGAUCCUGGAGGCUAGGGCCAGCGUGCUUUCCUCCCUCCCUGGCUGGACAUGACCUCAGGCUGCUGCAACUGGCCCAGACAGACAUAGGGAUUGACCCUGGAUGUGCCCAGGCUGCUUACUCGCCACCGCUGCUCCUGGCAAACCAGGAUCCAAACCGGGACACGUGGGAAAGGAAUCAAGAGACAGGAGCAGUGUCUCCAGUGGCUACUUCUUAUCCUCUUUCUGAUCAGAAAAGUUUAUGGUGAGCUCUUCUUUAGUUCUAAUUUUUCCAAGGUCUUCUCUGGACCUCUCAUGUAAGUUUUGAGAGGUGCUCAGCAGCAACCCAGAGCAAAGGAAAUUGGGAGCAAAUGACAUGGUGCAGUCCUCUUAUCUUCUAGGUGAAAGAGCCAGGGAAAUUUUAUGAUGUGUUUUCAAGAUCACAUUUUGGAUUGGGAAAUGAGACUUGUAUCUAUUUUUGAUCUUGAAAAAUGCUGCAGAUAGGCUUUAAAGAAAGUAAGCCAGACAGCAAAAACAUAUCUUAAGGACCUUUAAGCCUCUGAUACCAAUAAAGCCUAUUCACCCAAGAUGGUGAUUGUUAAUAAGAUAUAUAAAAUAAAUUGAAAUCAUGGGUUGAAACUAACGUUUGUAAUGUUUGCUGUAUGUUAGAUACUUUACCUUUAUUGUUUUAUUAAAUCUGUACAUUAGCUAGAAGAUAUACCAUUACUCUCUUUUUGCAGAAGAGGAAAUUGAGGUUUAUAAAGAGACUUGUUACAGUCAUUUGUCCCCUAAGCAGUGGAAGGAAGAGUGGAAUUAGGUCAGUUUAGUUCCAGAGCCUAUUCCUUUGUUUGCUGUAUCCCAAGAUUACUUUUAAACAAUAUAAAUGCAAAAGGACUCAAAUCUUGAAAUAAAAGUUAUAUUCACUAA